AUGGACAUGGUAAACAGUGAUGCAGUGGCAUUCUCCAUUGCACUUGUUUUCAUCGCUGCUGUAAUCACCAAGGUUGCAUGGGGAAGAAAAACAGGUGAUCUGGCACCAUCAUGCAAUAAUGCCCUGCCUCGCUCCCCUGCGGUUAUUACUGGCAUCACCUCAGCCAUUCUACUUCUGCGUAUGCUUCGUUCCAAGGGUUUGAGAGCCACGCUUGAGGAGCAAUACACAAAGUUUGGAAGUGUGUUCACUAUAAGUUUCUUCGGGAUGAAAAUAACGUUCCUUGUUGGGCCCGAGGUCUCGGCUCAUUUUUACCAGGGAUUGCAGUCUGAGAUCAGUCAUGGUAAAAUCCUUGAGUUCACUGUCCCUAUGUUUGGCAAAGGUAUUCGCUUCUAUGUUGAUGCACUAAGACCAUCUAAGGUGAGGUGCCAUGUUGCUCCCAUGCUUCAGGAAGUGGAAGAAUACUUUGCGAAAUGGGGACAGCAAGGUACGGUUGAUCUAAAGCAAGAGCUGGUCCAGUUACUCAUCUUGAUCUCAGCCCGUUGCCUACUUGGGAAAGAGGUUCGGGAGAAGAUGUUCGACGAGGUUUUCUCUGCAUUCGAUGAACUUACAGAUAAUGGCUUGCAGCUGACCAGCUUGUUGUUUCCAUAUGCCCCAACACCGACGGCUCAACGCCGCGACAGGGCGCAUGCUAGGAUCGCAAGCAUUUUCACUGAGAUUGUUCGAUCGCGUAAGAGCUCCAACCGAGUUGAGGAGGAUGUUUUGCAAAACCUGAUGGAUGCCAAAUACAAGGAUGGCCGCCCCACGACUGAAACUGAGGUUACUGGGCUCAUAAUUUCCAUCCUCUUUGCUGCAAAGCACACAAGCACGACAGCCAGCACAUGGAUAGGUGCUCGCCUUCUAAGGCACACAGAGUGCUUGGAUGCUGCCCUUGAAGAGCAGCAGGACAUCGUCAAGAAACAUGGUGACAACAUACACUACAAUACCCUUCUAGAGAUGAGCUUCCUACACAAUUGCAUCAAGGAGGCACUGCGGAUGCACCCUCCAAUACCAAUAUCUCUUCGCAAGGUGCACAAGAACUUCACCGUGCAGACCAGAGAAGGCUACGAGUAUGAAAUUCCAAGAGGACAUACCAUUGCAAGCCCUCUACUGAUAAACCAUAACAUUCCUCAUAUUUACAAGGACCCUGAUGUGUAUGACCCACACCGGUUUAGUCAUGGAAGGGAGGAAGAUAGAGUUGGUGGCAAGUUCACUUACAACUCGUUCGGUGGUGGAAGACAUGCAUGCCCUGGUGAAGCUUAUGCCUAUAUGCAAGUGAAGGUGAUAUGGAGCUAUUUGCUGAGGAACUUUGAGCUCAAGUUGGUGUCAUCAUUCCCCGAGACUGAUUGGCUAAUGAUUGCCCCAGAACCUAGAGGGAAAGUGGAGGUGAGUUACAAAAGACGGAUGGUACCUAGGAACGUGUUGGAAAACUGA